CCAGUUUAGGUAGCGCUCUGUUCAAACUUGUGCUUGAAUUCGACAAAAACCAGAAGGCAAAUUAGGAAGAUGUAUCGCACAGUGGAACAGUAUUGUUUACUGGAUUGCGUUUUAAACACACUUUACUGCCUACAGUCCGAUCAAAAUAACUCCACAACUUUAAGACGUGUUUUAUGUAGUUCUAGUUUUGUUGUUAUCUCCUUUGUGAUUUGACUAAAGGAAUUCUCCAUAUAUCCGGAGCAGGUGCUAAAUCGUUCCUGUUGUAUAUAUUAGGUGUUGAUUCGACAAACAGAUUCGCUUGCCAAUCUCUCCCUCUACUCGACCAGCAUAGUUUUAAGGAUUUCUCCCUGUUUCAUCCUAUUGUAUGGUUGUGUGUAAUUCCAUGCACAGCUAAGACUAGCCUUUUUUCUGAAUCCUCUUUCUUAAUGGGAUCUAAUAUUGACUGAGCUGGAUUUUGUGCUUGGAUGGCAAAAUUGACCUUAGUCGAUUACUUUGACAUGUGGUUUUGAUUUGGAGGCUUGUGUGGAUUUAGUGAUUUUUCAAGUUGGCGUUUAUCAUGGACCGACAUCAGCUGGAGAAACAUUGGAAACCCAGGGGAACUGAACAGCUGUUCCAUCCCAGCAUGGGACUCCUCAGCAGUGUGCACUACCAUGACCCCGCCCUGUCAGGGAUCGAACCCAAAACCUUCAGGCUCCACGACCAUCAUGUUACCUUUAACCCACUGUAGUGGGUUAAUGUCAUCCGUGAUAGUGGAGUCUAGUGGUGUUUUGGAAGCAACGUAUCCUGAUCCUGUAUAUGGAAGAACUUGGUGACUUAACAUCGGUUUGUUAGGUGGGUGUUUUCUUGUUUGUUUUUAGAUACUUUCAACUUGUAUACAAGUGAUUUUGUAAGACCAUCUUGUGUUCAUAUGUUUUGCAACAAACAUGAAUAUUAUAAUUCUUCUACAAAUCAAGAUUUGCUGACUUGUGUUAUUUCUGCAGGAAAAUAUUGCUAGUAUGGUGUGGAUUAUUGCCGUUAUUGGAUGCAACAUACUGCUUUCUCUCUUAUGGAUAUGUUUUAUUUUUGUCACACAACGCAAAAGAAUUAAAAUAAAAGAUCCAGUUCUCGUUGUUACUGCACACCCAGAUGAUGAAUCUAUGUUUUUCGCACCCACUAUACUGAACUUAUUGUACGCAGGAUAUGAUGUCGAUUUGUUGUGUUUAACAACUGGAGAUUACAAUGGACUUGGCCAAGAUAGAAAACUUGAAUUGAGUUGUGCCACGAAGAAAUUGGGAGUUAGACAUUUAGCAAUCAUUGACUCGGACAAAUUUAAAGAUGGGCCCAAUGCGUCUUGGUCGAAAGAAGAACUAGUUAAUUUUGUUUGUGGGACAUGUCAAGAUUUUUGUUCUCAGUCCAUCAUAAGCUUUGACGACUAUGGUGUAAGUGGACACAAAAAUCACUGUACACUUGGUAAAGUCUUGAAGGAAGCUCGUAGAGACAAACUUAUUCCUCACUUAUACUGCUUACGAAGUGUCUCUACUAUACGCAAAUAUUGUUUUUUUAUUGACCUCUUUCUUUCCAUUUUAUUCGCAGAAAAGUUUAUUUGUUCUCCAUUCAAAUUCAUACACCUUCCAUAUGUCAGUAUGUACAGCCAUAAAUCACAGUUAGUUUGGUUCCGGUGGUUGUAUAUGUAUUUUUCUGUGUACAUGUAUAAAAACUCAGUUAUUAGAUACGAAGUGUAACUAUUUGUUAAAAUCACUUAUGUAUAAAGGUUCAACGUUGGUUAUCUUUGUAAUCAAUUUGAUUUUUAUCCUUA